AUGGCGGCGCCCAAGGUGUUAAAAUGCUGUCGGAAUCUUCCUCUCGUUGUUAUUCUCGGUGCAACCGGGACGGGAAAGUCCAAGUUGGCCAUUGAAAUAGCGUCCAAGUUCAAUGGAGAAAUCAUAAGUGCCGAUUCCAUGCAGGUUUACAAGUCACUUGACAUCAUCACAAACAAGGUGACGCAAGCGGAAAGGGACGCUGCUCCGCACCAUUUACUCGAUUUCUUGGAUCCUCUUUCAAACUUCACUGUGGCCGACUUCCAAAGCAAGGCUCUUGGAGUUAUUGACAACUUGGUCAAUCGCAAGAAGCUGCCCAUCAUUGUCGGCGGCACCAACUACUACAUCGAAUCCCUCUUGUGGAAGAUUCUCGUUCGACCAGAGCAAGAAGCCGAAGACCAAGUUAACUUGGACAGCAAUCGGGUCCUAUUGAGGGAUGUUGUUGACUCGUUUCUGGCAAGCAAAGCUGACGUUGACCGGGAAACAAGUGAUGCUGUGACCACGCUCCUCAGUGACAAGCCUGACGAUGCAAGUCUGGGGGACGUCUCCACGGAGCACUUGUACAAGUGCCUCGAGAUCGUCGAUCCGGAGCGCGCCUCGAGGCUGCAUCCGAAGGAUCGUCGGAAAAUCGAACGGAGCCUUCAGGUCUUCCAAGUCCAUGGUCGGCCGCAUAGUGACAUCAUCGAAGAGCAGCAGCACAUGGAAGGCGGCAGCUCGCUCGGCGGACCGCUGCGGUUCCAACGGCCGUGCGUGCUGUGGCUACAGUGUGAUCAGAACGUGCUGGACGAAAGGUUGGAUGCCCGUGUGGAUGAUAUGAUUGCCGCUGGGCUCAUCAAAGAGAUGGAGGAGUUUCACGAGCGAUACAACAAGCAUCGCAUCGACCACAAUCUAGAAGCUGAUUACACAAAAGGCAUCUUUCAGUCUAUCGGGCUUAAGGAGUUUCACCGGUAUCUACUCAUGGACAGCGAAGAGAAGGCCUCUCUGAAAGGACAGAAAGAAUUCACCCACGGGCUGUGGCUUAUGAAGCAAGUGACAAAGCGGUAUUCCAGAAAGCAGAAAAAGUGGAUUACGCAGAGGUUCUUGAGGACCCCGGACCGGCAAGUGCCGCCUGUGUACAGCCUAGAUGCAACGGAUGUCUCGUUUUGGGACGAACGUGCCAGGGACAAGAGUUUCGAAAUCGUCAGAGACUUCCUGGAGGGCAGGGAGCCUAGCCACAAGCCAAUCCCUCUACUUGAAUGCAACAACGACAGACAUCGGAUGUUCACUUGCGACAUCUGCGACGUGACGACGAUUGGAAGCAUCACGUGGGAAGCUCACUUGAAGUCCAAGAAGCACCACGCAUUACUAAAGAAGCAGAGAGAGAUGCAAGCUGAUGAAGAAAGGAACAGGAAUUCAGAGGAGCAUGCCAAGGCUCUGGAUGCCGUGAGCUAAUUUGUGAAUACAUCCAAUUUUCUGCAUAACUAACGACUUCUGCAACGUUUCCGAUGUCGGCCUUACAUUGUACCAUAUUUUAAUUAAUAGUGGUAAUAUUUAAUUUAGUGAAUUUCCAGCUAGAAAAUGCACACAUUGUUAUUUGAAAGCAGCCUAAUAAUAGGACAUUUUUUAUUAAGGAAAGGCUCUGGAAAACAAUAUUUGGCAACUUACAUCGAUUUAUGAAUUCUUCCAGCAGGGUGCUUUCAACAUAGUAAGUUUUGUUUAUAUUCCAACAGAAGUAAUCAGAGUUGACAAUUGAAAAUGCUGCAACAUGGCAAAAAUAAUUAAAUUCAUGUCCGCUGUUACAGCUCUAUGAACUUAGUUCACGAAAUCACGAGCCACAAACCAAGUACCGCCUAAGUGGCUACUUUGGGUACAGACGUCCGUUCAUUCUAGCACCUGCCCACUAAUUUAAAUGAUUCUGUAAUCACCUUCGAAUUAAUGAGUUUUAUCUGCAUAUGCACAUUGUUGGUGCUGUAGCUGAUGACAGAUUUAUACCAUAGUCCUUUAUAAUAGGUCGGAAGCAUUAAACCACCUAUUUUCAUUAUGCAAUUUG